AUGGAACCAGCGGAGCCGGCGGGCCAGGCCCGGGCGGCGGCCUCAAAGCUGUCCGAGGCGGUGGGCGCGGCGCUGCAGGAGCCCCGGCGGCAACGGCGCCUGGUGCUGGUCAUCGUGUGUGUGGCGCUAUUGCUGGACAACAUGCUGUACAUGGUCAUCGUGCCCAUCGUGCCCGAUUACAUCGCCCACAUGCGUGGGGGCAGCGAAAGCCCCACGGCAGUCCCUGAGGUGUGGACACCCACCCCGCCGCCGCCCACUCCAGCCAAUGCCAGCGCCGUCACGGCCAACACUUCAGUGCCCCCGACGGCUGCGUGGCCCUCCAGGUCGGCCCUGCGGCCCCGCUACCCCACAGAGAGUGAAGACGUGAAGAUCGGGGUGUUGUUCGCCUCCAAGGCCAUUCUUCAACUGCUGGUGAACCCCCUGAGCGGACCAUUCAUCGAUCGCAUGAGCUACGACGUGCCGCUACUCAUCGGCCUGGGCGUCAUGUUCGCCUCCACAGUGCUGUUCGCCUUUGCAGAGGACUACGCCACACUGUUCGCCGCACGCAGCCUACAGGGCCUGGGCUCAGCCUUCGCUGAUACGUCGGGAAUAGCGAUGAUCGCCGACAAGUAUCCCGAGGAGCCCGAGCGUAGCCGCGCUCUGGGCGUGGCAUUGGCCUUCAUCAGUUUUGGCAGCCUGGUAGCGCCACCCUUUGGAGGCAUCCUCUAUGAAUUCGCCGGCAAGCGCGUGCCCUUCCUUGUGCUAGCCACCGUGUCGUUGCUCGACGCGCUGCUGCUGCUGGUCGUAGCCAAACCCUUCUCGGCCGUAGCGCGGGCUCGGGCCAAUCUGCCUGUGGGUACGCCCAUCCACCGCCUCAUGCUAGACCCUUACAUCGCCGUGGUGGCUGGCGCGCUCACCACCUGCAACAUCCCGCUCGCCUUCCUUGAGCCUACCAUCUCCACAUGGAUGAAGCACACGAUGGCAGCAUCCGAGUGGGAGAUGGGCAUGGCCUGGCUGCCGGCCUUCGUGCCGCAUGUGCUAGGCGUCUACCUCACCGUGCGCCUGGCAGCGCGUUAUCCACACCUGCAGUGGCUGUAUGGCGCGCUCGGGUUGGUUGUGAUCGGCGCCAGCUCUUGCGUGGUACCAUCCUGCCGCUCCUUCGGGCCUUUGGUGAUUUCGCUUUGUGGUCUCUGCUUUGGCAUAGCGCUGGUCGAUACAGCACUCUUGCCCACGCUCGCCUUCCUUGUGGACGUGCGCCACGUCUCUGUCUACGGCAGCGUUUACGCCAUCGCAGACAUCUCUUAUUCUGUGGCCUACGCGCUGGGGCCCAUCGUGGCCGGGCACAUAGUGCACUCGCUGGGCUUUGCACAACUUAGUCUUGGCAUGGGCCUGGCCAACUUGCUCUACGCGCCAGUCCUGCUGCUGCUGCGAAACGUGGGCCUCCUAACGCGCUCCCGUUCCGAGCGCGACGUGCUGCUAGACGAGCCACCACAAGGGCUGUACGAUGCCGUGCGCUUGCGUGAGUGCCCAGUACGCGGCCCGGUGGGCGCGCCGGGUAGCCCACCUGGCGCCUUUGACGAGUGUGAGGACGACUACGACUACUACACCCGCAGCUAG